GUAUCCUCGCUCCUUAUCCUCUUUUACAAGCUUGUAUCCGUCCAUCUUCAUCAUAAAUCACUACUCACCGCUACCGUGAUCCUCCCGCCCCGCACAAUGGCAUCCCCAACCAUCUAUCUCAUCACUGGCGCCAACAAAGGAAUUGGCCUCGCUCUGACCCAAACCCUCCUCUUCCGCCCCAACACCACAGUCAUCGCAACCGUCCGCAACCCCGCCACGGCCGCCCUCCACACUCUCCCCACCUCCCCCUCCUCAUCCCUCAUCAUCCUCGCCCUCGACGUUCAAUCCCCCACCGACACCACGGAUGCCAUCCACACCCUCAAAACCACCCACAGUAUCACACACAUUGACACCGUGAUCGCCAACGCAGGCUACUACAACGACGCCGAGUACCGCAUCGACAACGUGCCCCUAUCCAACGUGCAGUUGCACUUUGACGUCAACACGCUUGGUGUGAUCCGUCUCUUCCAGGGCGUUUACGGGCUGCUCAGGAACAGUUUCAAGCCGAUGUUCAUCACUGUGAGUAGCUUCCUGGGAAGUAUUGGGGGACUCAGUAUGGAAUAUUUCCCGGGGGGUGCGUAUGGAUUGAGUAAGGCGGGUGUGAAUUGGGCGACGAGGAAGAUGCAUAUUGAGAACGAGGGAAUGGUUUGUUUUAGCGUGCAUCCGGGGUUUGUGAAGACUUACAUGGGGGAUGCGUGUGCGAAGAGUCUUGGGUUAGAGCAGGCGUUCACAGAGCCCCAGGAUUGUGCGGAUUCUUUGAUUAAGCUGUUUGAUGGCGCCACGAGGGAGACUGUUGGAGGCCGAUUUGUCAACUACAAGGGCGAGGAGGUACCCUUCUGAUGCAGUAGACAUGUGUUUAGAGUCGUUAGCUUGUAGCUAGUUGUAUUUUGAGGCUGUUUAGAUCUAGUUUAUGAUAUAUAAGCAUACAACCGAG